UUCUGUGUUUUCAUUUGUUUCCACUUCCGAUGUUGCUUUGGUUUUUUCAUCUUCCUUGCGCUGCCCAACAAACCAAACCAAACAUGAAACAGAAUCGCCUUCGCUUUCUUCUUCUUCUUCUUCUCCUUUUCUAAAUUCAAACGCUUCUUUAUCUCACAUGGCAUUUCAUUUCUCUUCUCUUCUCCUCAGGUUAAACUUAAUUAUUUAGGAAUUUCAAUUGAUCCGAUCAAUGUAAAGAUCAUUGGCGACCGAGGAUUUAUUGUUUUUUCUUUGUAGAGUCAUUAGUAAACUGCCAACACUGUUGCUGUUUCUCUAUUUUCCUAUUUUCAUCAACGAAACAAGAGGAAAAGCUAUGGGCUACCUUAAUUCAGUCUUGCCGCACGGUGAGGAUGCGCCAGUUAGCGGCGGAGGUCUCAGUCAAAAUGGAAAAUUCAGCUAUGGAUAUGCAAGCUCUCCUGGGAAAAGAUCUUCAAUGGAAGAUUUCUAUGAGACAAGAAUUGAUGGUGUUGAUGGAGAGAUAGUUGGCCUAUUUGGAGUUUUUGAUGGUCAUGGAGGUGCACGAGCUGCUGAGUAUGUGAAACAAAAUCUUUUCAGUAAUCUGAUCAAGCAUCCAAAGUUCAUUUCUGAUACCAAAUCAGCUAUUGCUGAUGCAUAUAAUCACACAGACUCUGAAUUUCUAAAAUUAGAAAAUAAUCAGAAUAGGGAUGCUGGUUCAACAGCUUCUACAGCUGUACUCGUUGGUGAUCGUUUGCUUGUUGCAAAUGUUGGAGACUCUAGAGCUGUAAUCUGCAGAGAUGGCAAUGCUAUUGCUGUAUCCCGAGAUCACAAGCCUGAUCAGACUGACGAGCGUCAACGGAUUGAGGAUGCUGGAGGAUUUGUGAUGUGGGCUGGUACUUGGAGAGUUGGAGGGGUUCUUGCUGUCUCACGUGCAUUUGGUGAUCGACUCCUUAAGCAAUAUGUUGUUGCGGAUCCAGAAAUUCAGGAGGAAAAGAUUGACAGCUCUCUGGAGUUUCUCAUCCUUGCAAGUGAUGGACUUUGGGAUGUUGUCACAAAUGAGGAAGCUGUUGCUAUGACAAAACCAAUUGAGGAUCCUGAGGAGGCUGCAAAGAGGCUGAUGAUGGAGGCCUAUCGAAGAGGCAGUGCGGAUAAUAUAACCUGUGUUUUUGUUCGUUUCUUGACCCAUCAAGGUGGUUCAACUCCCAGUGGAUCUGCCAGCCAAGGAGGUUCCUCUCUUAGCAACUCUGCUAACUAAGGGGGUUCCUCUUAUGCUGGCUCUUUGUAAGCGUCCUUACAGCACAGCACUAAUCCUGAAGCUCUUAGUUGAUGGGAGUUGUAGGCAGCGUAAUGUUCAGCAGGUUCAUCAUAGCUAGUUCAGACAAAAUCAAAAGAAAAGGAAAAAGGAACAGUAGCAUUGUACUUUUUGCUAGAAAAUUUGGACAGACUUAUCAGGCUGCUAAAUUGUAUUACUUAUUUUAUCAGCCUAUAGAAUAGAAGUGUACCUGAGUUUAGCUUCUGUACUUUGGUGUCUUCAUGUUUGGUGUUUGGUAGAAAGGCUUGUCUGAAUUUGUAGUCUGAAGGCUGAAGUAGCAGUUAUGUCUGUGUUGUAAAUCUUCCUGUUUUGUGGCUGUUGUCGGAUUUGUGUUUGUUGUUUUACAAUUCAAAACAAGGUCUGCCUGGUGUCACUUGAAUGAAGUGUUUGUUUGCUUGGCCAUCAGGAUCUUGUUCAAUGACAAGAUUAGAUGUUAAGCUUCCUCCUUUGAAA